GGUACAACUCUGGACCACAAAACACCACCCCAGCCUCUAGUCUGAACUCUUGGCAGCAGAUAUGAGCCCUGACCUGGACACUCAUACGUGUGGAGUAAAAAAAAGCAGGACGCAGAGUGAGCAGCAACAAGAAGUACUCCUAGUAGUAAGCAGACGAGAUGUGCUUUGUGUGGUGGAUAUGGCCUAACUUAGCCGACGAGGAGCCGGCUCCAAUCUCGGUCUCCUCUCUCCCUAAUCCUAGAGCUUAAUCGUGGCCAUCCGUUGCGGAUGAUGAUGCUCGCAGCGAGCGCGCUGCCCCUCCAAGGUUGGAAACGCCAGAUCUCAGCUGUUACCUACCAACAGCCACAUUCAGUCCCACGCGCUGUGUUCAGAGUAUCUGCAACAAAGAAUAAUGAGAGGAAACGGAGGCGCGCCCGGAAUCUGCCCAAAGGCCCAGCGUUGAUCGCCGAGGAAGCUUCUCCGAGCAACGGCGAAAACCCCGCCACCAUCCUCGGUCUCGAUGGCGAUGGUGAUGCUACUAGUGAUGGCAAAGUUGCAGGUGCCCCAAGGGGUGCUGUUCUUCAGUCCUGCACUCUCACAUCCGGCUUGCUGCUUGCAGCAGGUCUCCUUCUUCGUGAGGCAUCACACAUUGCAUCUUCAAAUGAAUUGCCAUUUGCUGACCCUACAGCCAUAUCAUUCAAUUUUGAAACUUGGCAUCUCGAGUUGGUCGCUGGACUCGUAAUAUUGAUAUCGUCUACCAGAUACAUUCUGCUGCAGACAUGGCCCGAUUUCAGAGAUUCCAGUGAAGCUGCAAAUACACAGAUCCUUACUUCCCUGGAGUCUCUGGAUUACAUAGUAGUUGCUUGUCUCCCUGGAAUAAGCGAAGAGUUCCUGUUUCGAGGUGCAUUGAUGCCAAUUUUUGGAUUGAAUUGGAUAAGUGCUCUAGCAACUGGUGUAUUUUUCGGCGUUCUUCACUUGGGCAACGGCAGGAAAUAUUCAUUUGCAGUCUGGGCAACAUUUGUAGGCCUUGCCUAUGGUUUAGCAACCAUAGCUUCCUCAAGCAUCAUAGUCCCAAUGGCUUCUCAUUCCAUAAACAAUAUUAUUGGAGGCUUACUUUGGCGCUUCGGAGACAACUCAGAAAGAAAAAUAUAGAUUGGGUAAUACUUCCUCUUGAACAAAAGUUUUCAUUUGCAAUUUGUACAUGUAGCACUAUCAUAGAUUGUUUUAGUUCUUACUGGACUCGUUGGUUACUUCAGUUGCUGCCUGUAUUAUCUGUGGAUAAGUAGUCCUCAAAUCAUUUGGUGGUGAAAUUAAGCUAAUGAUAGCUGUUUUACUUGUGUCA